AUGAAUCAGUUACUCCUCAUCAUAAUUCUUAGUUUGUUCUUCCAUGUCAAAGCCCAAAUCACUUCGGGUUCAGAUAGGGGUAUCCUCAAACCACUACAUCCAAACCUUGCAAUAGUCCUGGGCAUCAUGUCGAUCAUGCUGUCUAUAACAUUUCUCAUACUUGCCUAUGCAAAAUACUGCGGGAGAAACCGAAAUAAUUUAUUAGGCCGUAAUCCCCAUCACCAGAAUUUUCAUGGACUUAUUCGAUCAAGGUCUAGAUUUUCAGGGAUCGAUGAAGAACUGAUCAAUUCCCUGCCUUUCUUCCAGUUUUCUUCACUUAAGGGCUCAAAAGAAGGCCUGGAAUGUGCAGUUUGCAUAUCAAAGUUCGAAGAUUCUGAGGUUCUCAGACUUUUGCCUGGGUGCAAGCAUGCAUUUCACAAGAACUGCAUCGACCAAUGGCUGAAAAGUCACUCUAGCUGUCCUCUUUGCAGGUACAAGUUAGAUCCUAAAGACCUUAGGAGCUUCACUUACUCAAAAAGUUGGAGGUACUUGCAAAGUCCUUCAAAUCUAUCAGAGGAUCCUAAUCUUGAUAUCUUUGUCGAAAGAGAGCACGAUCAUCGAGGUUCAUCAUGGUCUAACCAAGGAAGCAGCUUUCAAAUUAGCAAUAACAAAGGAAAAAAAGAAAAGUUGCUGAUUCAAGCAGGUAGUAAUGCUGAUGAUAACACGAAAUUCUUGCAUAAAUUCAAGCACAAGAUCAUUAUUUCGGAUGUUCUUAUCAAGAAUCGAUGGAGCGAUGUUAAUUCUUCAGAUUUUUUGUCCUUGAACACUGAGAUGCUUAGAGUCAUGUCAAGCAACAGAUUUUCUCCUUCGAAAUCAAGUAGCGCAAGAUUCUACAACGGGUUGUCCAGGAAUGAAAAUUUAGAAAAGAUUAAGGAGGAUAUAGAAAGAAAGAGAUUGUUCGAGUCCAAGUUUACUACAGUUGACAGAAGUAAUUCUGUUCCAAGUUCAAGCUUAAAUUCUUCAAAAAUGCUUAAUCCGGUGGGGAAGAGAUCAAUGUCUGAGAUCACAAUUCUUUCAAGGUUCAGACAGCUAAGUGUAAAGAACAAAGCAAAAGACUCUGCAUCCCCUGGGAAUAGUGGAAAAGAUGAGAGACUCAGAAUGCUUUGGCUGCCUAUAGCACGGCGAACAAUACAAUGGUUUGCUGGUAGGGAAAGAAACUUACAACAAUUAGAGUACGAAAGACAAGCAUCGAACGUGUGA